GGUCGAAGUACGUCAGAUUGCUGCCUUCAGGUGUAGUCGCUUUACUUAUCUCGUGAUUUGCGGUAAAACCGUCUAAACUUUGGUUCGGUUAUGUGAGAGUACGGGCGAUUCGUGAUCGUUGUGACACAAAUCCCCCUUUACAUGCUCCCCUUUUCGGUGAAAUGUGACUAUGUGAAAGGCGUUUGUGUGAUAACUGGUGGAACAAUCAAAAGGAGCAAAAUGCCCUCAGAUGCUGUGUCCUUGCUGACAACUGGAUUAGGAGUUAGUGUCCUGGCCGGAUUACUUUCCGGAUUCUGUUACGUAUUGGCCCAGGGAAUUGGCACGAAGAGAAGAGCAAAAAAGAAGAAACCCGAAUGGUACUGCGAAAUAUGCGGCACGUACUUGCACUCAACCAACAACAUCUUAAACGAGGAUUUGGUAACAUGUGGAAAAUGCGGUGCUAAAGUCUGCACGGCGAAAUGUGCCACUUUUGUGCAACACACAAGAUGGAUUUGCCAGAACUGCUUGAAGCCAUCGGAGUCUUGGUUCAGGGGAAUCGUGAAAGCCAUCACUCCUAAUCCUUCAGGCUACUUCAAUAUAAUGAUUAAUCCAGAAGUGCCCUGCAAUCCGGAAUUCGACUCUCUACGACGGCUGGAAAGAGAGCAAGUCCGCGAUUUCAUCGAAAAGCUGGUCAAUGUGAUGUUGGGAGAAAAUGUCGAUAAUGCUGCUGUUUCCAUGCUAUACAACGAUAGUCACUAUAAUCAACUAUUCAUCAGUUAUCAUCAAGAACUCAGUAAUGCUUUGACUGAAUUAGGGUCAGCAUUACACAUUUCUGUGUCUAAUUUGCCAGUAACUGGGCAGUCACCCUGUACAGCGCACGCAGCAUUGAAGCAAUUAAUCGAAAAACUGCUGAAAGAAGCCGUAAAUCUUCCUCUGCUAGAAAAAGCUCGCGCCCAUCCAUCUGUUCCAGCUGAAGAAACUACAAAUAGAUCUUAUGAGGACCUGCUGGCUACAGCCAUUAUAAAUAAGGUAGUUGCCGGUUGCCAAAACAACCUUCCAUCAUCUUCUGCAGAUAGUGUGGCGAGCAGUAGAUUUUCAACGUCAUCCAGGCACAAAGAUGACAGAGAGUAUUUCUUCGGAGAAGAAACACUGGAUAGCAAGUGGAAAACCGCUGAUUUGGAAUCCACAUCGGCGUCCAGUUUGGAGGAAUGGCUUCAAUGCGACUCGAGUGGGGGCUCCAGGAAUUAUCUGGACAAAGUUACUCUAAUGAUAAAGCAGGAUAUCGAAGAGGUCGAUAACUUUGAUUCGGAUAACGAGCAAGACGAUGCCGAGUACUUCAGAUCAAGUUCUUCAUUGUUUGAAGAGAGUGAAUCAAACUGGUUGUUGCAGCGACGGAAAUUUCAUGGAACCCACUCGCCUGUACCAGUGCCCAUGCUAGUGCCAAAUCCUUUAGAUGAUGCUAAGGUUUUAAUUGGCGACAAGCCAAUAGACGACACUUCCGAUCUAUCCGAUGUGGGAUCAGAUUGCGAAGAAGCGAUCCAACCGACCACAACGCAUACGCUAUUAGUUCAAUCGAAAAACAUUAUAGGAGGUGGAGGCGGAGGCAAAGCCAAUGUGGAAGCUACUGAUAAUGGCGAUCUUCUGAGCGAAUCGUCGACGGAUUCUGGUGUCAAGGAAGUGAAUGGGAAAGAGCAAAAAUCGUUCGAUACUGCUGAAGCAUUGAAAACCGAUAUUUCCUUGGAUGAUGAUAACGUUGAAGAUUCCUCCUUCCUGUCAGCUUAUAGUAAUACGGAAAAGGAGGCAGAAUAUACUGAAAGAUUUGCUUCACUACCCAGGCAGAUCUUGAAACCUUGUGAAAGCGAACCAAACUGCAAACCAGCUGAAAUUGAGCCAGUCAAUGCAGAUUCUGAUGAAAAUGGUGAAUCCUACGAAGCCGACAGCGACUUUGAAUUUAUUGGAGGCAGCUACACUAAGAAGGAAAAAGAGAAGUGGAGACAUGCAGUGGAAAUGAAAAACAAUCCCUAUUCCAAGGAAAGCAUUGAGAGCAGGAUAAAAAGGUCCAACAGUGCUGCUGGAUCAAUAUUUGGUCCAGACUACUAUGCCAGACUAGCAAGCAAACCAUCUGGAGGUGGAAGAAAUGCCCAGGUAAACGGUGUCGCUUGGCCUUCAUCCGAACCAUCAAGAUCAAGAACUCCAAGUCCCCCGCCUGCUCUUCCCAAAGCAGCUCCCCCAUCUCGAGCUCAAAUCGUAACCGAAACCAGUCCCUUAUCGGACGUGGUUGAAACUCCGGCAUCAUUUGAAGUUCCUCCGGAGCUUCCAAAAAGCCGCCCCCCUCUUCGGGUAACUGCUGAAGUUGACGGGAUUCAUCAAGCUUUGAAAGCAAUAGUUAUCCCAUUGGAAGAAAUGUCGCAGGCUACUUUCCAUAAUCAUGUCAAAGCGGAGGUUUAUAGGGCAGAAAAUUCUUCCGCAGUAACUUCCGACUCUGAAUUGAGUUUCGUUAACUUUUACGAUGUGGAGCAUUCGCAGAUCGUCAGAAAAUCGAAGAACGAAGACAUUCAUAUACCGAUUAAAGCGACACCGUUGGGAGUUUCAUACAGGCCUAUUGAAGAUGGCAACGAAACUGUCCAUCCUGGUGAGCAACUAGAGAAUGGAUAUGGAGAAGAUCACGUGGCUCGAUCACGGGUUCUGUUCGGUGAAAAUAAAGGGGAAAGCGGAAGUUUCGUAAAAGCUCCUCCAACAGUUAAGGCGCGCAAUUUUGGGCAAGAAAGAGUUGCCCUAAGGAGACAUUUAAGCGAAUCCAGUUUGCUCGACGACUCAUUCGAUGCUCCCCCAAAAGUGAUCCACCCGAAGAAAGAUAAUACGUUGAUUUCCAAAAUCUACAAAGACCCCAAAGUGAGGCUGUUUGCUUUGCACAGCCGAGAAGAAACGCCCUCCAUGGAAGAGACUUAUAAUACAUCAUCCUUUAACAGCCAUCGAAGCGUUGAGGCCAAAGAAAUCCAAAGCGAAACAUCUUCCAUAUACCUAAGCAAAGAGAUAUUGCAUAGCUCUGAUGAUGGCUUAACAUCGGAAUAUGACUCUGGAAAGACUGGAAGAAUAUCAUUCUUCAGCUCUGAGGAAGACCUGCUGUCGCUAAACUCCGAUUCAAGCCAUGUAGUUGAUACAAGAAAUCACGCCAUGGCAUCAGGCGAACCACAUUUCGAUCACUACUACAUGGCCAGUCCUCCUGCAACUCCCAGCACGAAGAAAUUCAUCUACGGAUCUCAGGAGGAUCUUCUCAGCUUGGAAGAAGUAACAUGCAUCCGCCCCAGGAAGGAUAACACUCUAAUUUCCAAGAUAUACCAAGAUCCCAAUGUGCGCAACUUCGCCUUGAAAACGCACAAAAACAAGCUUCCAGACUCACUCUCAUCCAAACCCAAACAGAGGGAAUCGCUCGACCACGCCUUCUCGGUGGAAACUCGUGGAAGAACUUCAAGCCAUGCGUCUAGAGCUGCAAUUAAUUCGUCAUCUUCAGCAGAAAUUAGCCUGGAGAUGCAUCCAGAAGAACAGAAUGCUGAUCCUUCACUUUAUGCCCACCAAGUGGACAAUGUCGAGCAUGAAGCUGUGGACUUGGAUGUGGAAGAAAUAGCGAAACGGCGUGUGGUUCGUCAGGCUUUAGGCAAAUUUCAAAAGUCCGAAAUUGAACCCAGGCAGGUUCAAAUGCAUCGGAAUUCGUCGGUUGAUGAAUCGAAUAGCGUCCGAGUUUCAGUACGGGAGUUGAAGAAUAAGUUCGAAACCAAUGAUAACAAUAAUAAGCCAGUCGUGUCCAGUUUAACAGCCAGAAGUCUGUCGACACAAGUAAAGGCCGCUUUGAAGCGAUGAGGAUCAAGUCGUUGAUGCCAAAUAAAAUCAAGAAAUUAUUAUCUUAAGCAUACUAAAAGGUGCCUUUAAGAGGAGAGUUUUAUUGAAAAAAUGUAUAUUUAUGUUAUUUAAUUUUAUUAGUAAUGAAUAAAGUCAGUUAUUGUAAGUAAAUGUAUAAUUAAAUUUGUUAAAUAAAUAUUAUUUUUUACAUGAAAA